UGCACCAUGUAUGUUCUUUUCCAUCCGCGUGGCCGAGACAUUGCCUGUGUGUCCACAAAGUCGGAUUCCAUCCAGGGAGAGAAAUGCCGUCUAAAAGCGUCGUUGAAGUGAUCAAAACCAUGGAAGAAGAGAUUGACACUGCCGCGGACCUUAAGGCGCCAAAAAUGAAAUCAAAGGAUGGCAAGAAACUGAAGAAGAAGCUGAUGCAGGAGGAAGAAGAGGAGCCGGACUGUGAAAGUCCUGUACCGAAAAAGAAAAAGAAAAAAGACAAGCUGGCAGAGGACCAAGUUAAUGGCCACAAAAAUGAAGCCAUUGACCUGAAUGGCAACACUGACACUUCUGAGCCACCAAAGAAAAAGAAGAAAAAGAACACAGAGGCAGUCGAGAUGAAAAAGAAGCAAACUAAAGCAAUCGUUAAAGCUGAAAUCAAUGGACAUUCCAUGCCUGACACACCAGCUCCAACUCCAAACCAGACACCAUCUCAGUCAGACGACUCAACCAGUGAGAGUGAAAAAGAAACUGAGGAAACGCCUGAGCAGAAAGAAGGAGCCUUCUCCAACUUCAGAAUUUCCCAAGGCACCAUUCAAAAACUAAAAGCUCGAGGAGUCUCCUACCUGUUUGACAUUCAGGUCCAGACCUUUGAUCACGUAUAUGAUGGGCAUGACGUACUUGCUCAAGCCCGCACGGGAACAGGAAAGACCUUCUCCUUUGCCAUCCCACUGGUGGAGAAGCUCCAGUUGGCUGGAUCCGAGCGGCCAAGAGGCCGCCCUCCCCAGGUGUUGGUGUUGGCUCCCACCAGAGAGUUGGCUAUCCAGGUCUCGAAGGACUUUAAAGAUAUUGCCAAGAAAGUGAGCAUCUCCUGUUUCUAUGGAGGCAGCUCGUACAGCCCACAGAUUGACGCCGUCCGUAACGGAAUUGAUAUUUUGGUCGGAACCCCUGGUCGUAUCAGAGACUUCAUCCAGAAUCACAAACUAGACCUCACAAAACUGAAGCAUGUCGUUCUGGAUGAAGUGGACCAAAUGUUGGACAUGGGAUUUGCUGAGCAAGUGGAAGAAAUUCUAGCCGCCUCCUAUCAGAAAGAUGGCGACGCCAACCCCCAGACUCUCCUGUUUUCGGCCACCUGCCCUCCAUGGGUCUACGAUGUGGCCAAGAAAUACAUGAAGCCCGAUUGCAAGCGUGUUGACCUGAUUGGAAAGAAAACGCAGAGAACCGCAACAACUGUGGAACAUCUGGCCAUCGCAUGCCACUGGUCACAGCGCGCGGCGGUUUUAGGAGACGUGAUCCAGGUGUACAGCGGCAGCCAUGGCCGAACCAUCGUCUUCUGUGAGACCAAGAAAGAAGCGAAUGAACUCUCCUUGAAUACAUCCAUCAAACAGAGUACCCAGUCCCUUCAUGGUGACAUUCCCCAAAAACAAAGGGAAAUGACCUUGAAAGGCUUCAGGAGCGGAUCCUUUGAGGUUUUGGUGGCGACCAAUGUGGCAGCCCGCGGGUUAGAUAUCCCCGAAGUUGACCUCGUGAUUCAGUGUUCUCCACCCAAGGAUGUGGAAUCGUACAUCCAUCGGUCAGGGAGAACUGGCAGAGCUGGAAGGACCGGAAUUUGCAUCUGCUUUUAUCAGAAGAGAGAGGAGGACCAGCUACGUUACGUGGAAAACAAAGCGGGCAUUUCAUUCAGACGAGUCGGUGUUCCCACUGCCAAUGACAUCAUCAAGUCAUCGAGCAAGGAUGCAACACGGUUCCUGGACUCUGUUCCAGCGGCAGCCGUUGACUACUUCAGAGAGUCUGCCGAGAAGCUGAUAGAGGAGAAAGGAGCAGUGGGUGCGCUGGCUGCUGCCUUGGCGCACAUUUCUGGAGCGACGAGUCUGGAGCAGCGGUCACUGCAAAACUCCGACGCUGGUUACACCACCAUGCAGUUGAUAUGCUCUCAGGAGAUGCACUCUAUGGGUCUUGCCUGGAAAACCAUCAAAGAACAGCUGGGAGAGAACGUUGAAAACGACAUUUAUAGAAUGAACUUCCUCAAAGGAAAAAUGGGCGUGUGCUUUGAUAUCCCAGUUGCCAAAGUCAAGGAGUAUCAGGAGGGCUGGAAAGAUGGUCGCCGCUGGCAGCUGACCGUGGCCACAGAGCUCCCCGAAAUGGAGGAGAAGCCGCACAACAUCCGCAGCGACAGAGGAGGAGAUAGAGGAGGAAGAUUCCAAGGAGGACGGGGCCGGAGUUUUGGUGGAAGAGGUGGGCGUGGUGGCAAUGGGUUCCGUCGAGGCAGCAGGGGUGAUGGCAGGAAUAGAGUCGGACAAAAACGCUACUUCAGCCAAGCGUUUUGAUCCCUGAACUGCCAACCCUUUGGACUAAUAGGACUGACUGUCUUGCCUUUGGGCGAGCAGUGUUUUCUAUUGGCUGUCAGUUGGAAGCCACAAUUAGCAUGUUCAACUCCCCUCUAUGACUCGAUGAUACAGCGGUGUCAGGUAUUCAUAACAUGUUUUCAAAGUUUAUAUUCAACGUAACACACAAGGAGGUUCAUAUGGAAAUAAAUAGCACAGCUUGGUUUGCUCGUGGCUAUCAAGGAUCACAUGUUGGACCAAUGGCAGCCAUUUAUACGAACAGACUUUGCUCCAACUCGCCAACUGACAUGCUGAGCGUUCACUUUCCAAAUCAGUACAUUACUGAUAUCCAAAGUGAAUGUUAGUGAAAGGAGAAUUAUGUCACUGAGUUGCAUAACUUGUUUUUACUUUGCAUUUGGGGAAAAGUGGCAGCGCGAGGCUCUCAUGUAGGAGUUAUUUGUGCGCCCCCCACCCUUUGGGUGAAGUGAUCAGAGGUUGUCAACCUUUAUAGUGGUGGAGUCACUCGUGUUGCCUUACCUCAGCUGAAACAUUCUCCCCAAAAUAUCGGAUGAUUGCUUUGCAAUUGCCUCAUUUUACUGCCUGUGUUUGACUGCUCUUUUAGUGAAAUGUGUUCAUUAAAAAAAGGUCAACCCAU